UUUAUAUAAUUAGAUGUUUUAUUAUUUUUAUUUAUAAAGACUGAUAUUAAUUGAUUAAUUAAUAAUCUAUCUAAAUAAAGAGAUAGCGUAUCGAAAGUUUGUUAACAGUAAUGGUUCAGUUAAUUGUCAAGUGUUUUAAUUUAACAGAUUACUUAAUGUUAUAUUAGGAGAAAUCUGUAUAUUUAAGAUGCAGUCUAGAUCAUCGAAAGGAAAUUUAAGCAAGCCUAAUUACGGAUUGCGUAAAAGGAAAUAUAAAGGAACGGCUAAGGAUGAAGAAACUCUUGAAUGUUCAGAUAAAGCAACUCAAGUGGUUAGUGAUCUUGAGAAUAUAGAAAAUAAUUUUCAGAUAGCCGAUGGAAAUAAUCCUAUAAUUCAGUUCAAAUAUGAUUUAAAGAAAGUUUUAACUGACUCCAAUCACAAUUUAGAAAAAUGGUUGGAUUUGGACUCAUUACCAUAUUGUCUAAUGAAUUUAAACAAAUGCAUGCAAAACCAUGCAUAUAAAAAUAAUUUUUCUAAAUAUGUUAUUAGUCAAGAAUUAAGUGUAAUGCUUUUAUUGUAUAUUAAAAACAAAGAGUAUCUGGAGGCUUGCAAAUACCUGCAAUUUUGCAUUACAGUAGUAUGUAAAAUUCCUAAUGAAUCUACAUUAAUUGAAUUUCUGAAAAUAAUCAUGGAUAUCCAUAACUCUGAAGAUGAUAGAGACUUACAUAUUUUUAUAUUAAAAAUGAUUGAAGAUUGCUUUAUAACUUUAUUUGCUUUAUAUCCUUCACAUAUAAAAUAUAUGAGACAAUAUUAUAAAAGACUACUUACCAUGCCGCUUCAAAAUUGUAAACACAAAGAUCAUGAAAACUAUGAAAGUUUCAAUGGAAUUUUUUUUUACUGCAUAAAUCGUCUGGAAAGUGAAUUACUUGCCAUUAAUAUUUCUCAAAGAUCAGAAGUGAAUAAUGUAAAAACACUUAACAAUAAUGAAAGUGAUAGUAUUGCUCUAAGUUUUGCUUUUAAUGAAAGUGAGCUUUUCGACCAUUAUGAUGAUUUAUCAAGGGAAGAAAAACUGUCCAGACUUUAUUUACUAUUACAAAUAAUAGUUAAAAUAUUCGAAGAUGAUUUAGCAUUCAGGAUACUUGUGUAUAAUAAAGAGAAGAACAUUGCACAUAAAUUAAUUAUUUCAAAUGUUAUAUGGGGUAAAGAAAGUAUAUUGAAUUAUGGAUUCAUGAAACCGUGUAUCAGAAAAAUAAUUAAGAUACUCAUCUUGUCUGUUCGUAAUUGUAGAAAGAAAUCAGAGUGCGCCACAGUUUCGAGGCUGCUGGGCAUUAUAGCACAUGUGCUGCAUUUAAUGUCUAAUAAUAGAAAAAACCUAUUCUUAAGUAUUGGAAUGCAGUUGAAUAUCUUAGCUAUUGAAAUAUUCACCUCCAUACAAGCUGAAGAACCUUCAUAUAUCAUUCACAUUUUAUCUAUGCUACGACCAUGCUUUCUUAAAAAUUUGGUUGCAAACAAAAUAUUGAGCAUGAUACAUAGCAUAUUAAAUAACGGAUUAUACAGCUGUAAUAUGACUUAUGCUGAUAUAUUUGAGAAAAAAUUGUGGACAUUGUUUUCAGCCACACAUGCUACUCACAACAAAUAUGUUUUGGAUAUAAGUGCUGAUACAGAUACACUUCAUGUGAAUUGCUCUAGCUAUUUAGCUAUACUUUUUCAAGCAUUUUCUUCAUUUGUCGAUAUGUAUGAGAUUAAAUGUAUUAACUUACAAGUUGUUAAAAUCAUACAAAAUAUAUUGGAGAACAAUAAAUCCAACAUGACAUGUGAAAUGUAUCAGAGUUUUGAAAAAGAUUUAUUCAAAAAAUAUUAUCAAUGCCAUAUAGAUUCAUCUCGAUACAGUGAAAGUAAUAACUAUUUAUUGAAGCGAAUGCACGAUUUUGACUAUGUGAUGAAAAUUAAAAAGAAUAUGCAUAUAGAAAGUUUGGUACACAACCAUUCCUAUUUACCUGCAAUUAGCUGGAUUACUGGACGUUCUUAUUACAAAAAAUGUAUAUUAUACAUGAAUGUUAUUGAUCUAAUAGAAAAACUUAAAGUGGAAGUUAAUGGAAAUGUUCCAGAUAUUACAAUGGAUUACAUAUUUAAUUUUAAAUUAUAAUAGUUAUAUAGGUUGAUACACAUACAUUGUGAUAUGCAUUAUUAAAAUUUUGUACCUGAAGUGUGUGUGAAUAAUAGGUUUAAAGAAGUUUAAUAAUUAUCCAAAGAAAAAUGUGAAGAAUACUUAA